CUCAUCAAUCAAUCCAUCAUACACUUUAUUUUAACAUGGCUCCCUCUGUCUCCAUUUCCAUUCUGGUAUUAGCAUUAUGGGUUCUUUGUAUAUUCACGCACUCCACAACUAUGGUUGUUGCAGCUAAGUCAUCAGCGCUAGAACUAGAAGCCAAGGCUCUGCUGGAGAGUGGGUGGUGGAGUAGUAAAUACACCACCAACGGUUCCUCCUUAAGUCAUUGCGAGUGGCCUGGAAUCUAUUGCAAUGUUGACAGAAGCGUCGUAUGGAUUUACAUGAUCAACGUCUAUCUGGGAGAUAAGUUUCGAAAAUUCAACUUCUCAUCCUUCCCAAAUUUAGAAGAUCUUGAUCUUUAUAAUACUGGACUCCAAGGAAGCAUCCCGCCAGAGAUUGGUACUAUUUCUAAACUCAAAGACCUUUAUCUACCUGCGAAUAAUCUCACAGGUAAUUUGCCUCUUUGGCUUGCCAACCUCACUCAGUUAGAGACAUUUGACAUUUCUUCUAACCUAAUUAGUGGGUCCAUUCCUAAAGAAUUAGGAAAUUUAAAGAAUCUUCGAGAUUUAGAUCUAAGUGCAAAUGCUUUCAGUGGUGAGUUUCCUCUUUCGCUUGCCAACCUCACUCAGUUAGAGAGAUUUAACAUUUCUUCUAACCUAAUUAGUGGGUCCAUUCCUAAAGAAUUUGGAAAUUUAAAGAAUCUUUCUACUUUAGAUUUGAGUAAUAACACACUCACCGGGCCAAUCCCUUUCACAAUUGGUCAUUUUACUAACUUGAGAACUUUGUCCCUUGCUUGGAACCAAAUUAGUGGCUCCAUCCCUGCAGAAAUAGCUAAUUGCAUUUCGUUGAACAACUUAACUCUAAGCCACAACUACUUAACAGGAACCAUUUCCUUUGACAUGAGUAACCUUUAUUUGUUAGUAUAUUUAGAUCUCAGCUAUAAUAACCUUAGUGGUUUCAUUCCCCGAACUAUCAAUCAUUUAACUGUUUUGGAAACUCUGUCCCUCAAUUGGAAUCAAAUCAAUGGCUCCAUCCCCACUGAAAUAAUUGAUUGCCAGAGCUUGAGACACUUGUCAUUAAGCCACAACUCCUUAAGUGGUUACAUUCCCUCUCACAUUAGUGAUCUUCAUUUCUUAAAUGCUAUUGACCUAAGUCAUAACAACAUCAGCGGAGAUAUUCCAUUUGAACUUGGGGAUUCACCAUCUUUAGAGCUCUUGGAUUUUAGCUACAAUAAUCUUACCGGUAACAUUCCCAAUAUUUCUGUUUCAAUAAAAGAAAUAAACUUUUCAUACAAUUCGUUGCAUGGUCAGAUCCCAAAUGGCUACUUAAAUUGUUCACCUUACACAUUUAUUGGCAACAAAGAUUUAUGUGGUGACAUCAAAGGUUUCCCUCCUUGCUUUCCAUCUUCCCCAAACAAUAACAAAUCAAUUGUCCACCUAAUAAAAAUUGUUGCUCCCCUCAGCUUUUUCCUUGUGGUUUUACUUGUUGGGUUUUUUUUCCUCUCUCGACGUGGGGAUAAGAAAACUAAAUAUGAGUCAAGUGAAACAAAGAAUGGUGACUUAUUUUCAAUAUGGAAUUAUGAUGGAAAAAUUGCAUAUGAAGACAUCAUCGAAGCAACAAAGGACUUUGACAUUAGCUGCUGCAUCGGGACAGGCGGUUAUGGUAGUGUUUACAAAGCACAAUUGCCUAGUGGUAAAGUAGUUGCCAUAAAGAAACUUCAUCGCUUGGAGGCUGAGAACCCAACAUUUGACAAGAGUUUCAAAAAUGAGGUCAAAAUGUUAGUAGCAAUCCGACAUCGAAAUAUUGUUAAACUUCUUGGCUACUGUUUGCAUAAUCGAUGCAUGUUUUUAAUCUAUGAGUAUAUGGAAAGGGGAAGCUUGUUUUCUGUCCUAAGCAAUGAUGUUGAGGCUGUGGAAUUUGAUUGGAUGAAGAGGAUGAACGUCAUCAAAAGUAUAGCACAUGCCUUAUGUUACAUGCAUCAUGAAUGCGUUCCGGCAAUUGUUCAUCGAGAUAUAACCAGCAACAAUAUAUUGUUGAACUCUGAAUUGGAGGGUUUUGUCUCUGAUUUUGGCAUGGCUAAAUUUCUUGAUCCUGAUUCCUCCAAUCAAACUUUAGUUGCUGGGACUUAUGGUUAUCUUGCUCCAGAAUUGGCCUAUACUAUGGUGGUGACUGAAAAAUGUGACGUUUAUAGCUUUGGAGUGGUGGCAUUAGAAAUAUUAAUGGGAAGACAUCCAGGCGAGCUCAUGACAUUGUUAUCAUCAUCUCAAAGUGUGAUGUUAAAUGAAAUAUUAGACCAACGUCUCCCACCUCCAAACCGUUUGGUUGCAAAGGAUGUUUUUCUUGUUGCUGCAAUUUCAUUUGCUUGCUUACACACUAAACCAAAGUCUAGGCCGACAAUGAAAUGGGUGUCCCAAGAAUUUCUCUCUCACAAGAAACCAGUAACGAACCCCUUACAUUCAGUUUCACUAUGGCAGUUGAGGAACCAAGAAAAUUAUAUAAUCGGAGAGAGUGAAACUCAAUAAGGAAUGGAGAGGGUGAAACUCAAUAAGGAUGUGCUUGUUUUUCGAUUGAGAACCAUAUCGUUUGACGAAAUUCUAUGGCAAAAAAUGUUGUGUUUACAAUAACAAUUCCUUGAGAAUCUUGUGCAAGUUGUAUGUGUUGUUCUUUAUGAUUUGUAACUUGUAUUUUGCAACAUGAAAUUUAUGUCUUUUUCGCUUUUCUAAUGCCACACAUCUAGAA